UAAAUUAGACAGUCUUCAAAUCGCGUUCUUCGCUUAUAGACGGUUUAGUCUUUCACUAAUUUAGCCUAAUCCUUAUUUGCUGUGCGCGCGCUGUCUUCAACGUCUAAAUAACAACAACAAUCAACUUAGUAAACACUUGAGUGUGUGCGUGUGUGUAACGGUUAAGCUGUUGCCCAAAGAAAGAUCAAAAAAGUGCCAUAAGUUGAAUCACUUGGAAGUAGUAGUGCCUCUGAUUUCAUUACAUUUCAUAUUCAUUAUUCAUUGGUCUUCACCGCCACUUCGUCGCGCUUGUGCUAAGCUAUUCCGUUGUGGAGCAACAAAUAAACAAACGAACGAUUGUUGUAUAAGUUUUUUUUGCACAUAAAACGUGUUUUAGUUGCAAUUAACGUUCGAAGCCGCAGUGAUCGUCGUUGUGUGUAGCAGCCGGUAGAGACUUUGUCAGCGAGUCAUACGUUUACGAGCAGAUAAUUUUACGUGGUGGAGUGAUUGAGAAUCGCCGCAAAGCGUUUGUUCAUAAUUUAAUUGUAAACUAAAACGCUUUUGAGUACAGCAGAUAUUAGUUAUUGUGACAGUCAUGGCCUCUAAGCAGAUUAGCAAUGGCAACGGUAAAACGGUUGAGGAAGAGGAAACCGCACUCGAACACAUCAUCAAAUCACUUGAGACUCCGACCAUGAAGUGCGAGGGAACACAUUUCGAUUCCCAUGUGCCGCACACGUUCGUCAUCUUUGGCGCAUCGGGUGACUUGGCCAAGAAGAAGAUCUACCCCACCUUGUGGUGGCUCUUCCGUGACAAUUUACUGCCGAAACCUACAAACUUCUGCGGUUAUGCACGUUCAAAGCUCUCGAUUGAGGAACUGCGCUCAAAGUGUCAUCCAUACAUGAAGGUGCAACCAUACGAGCAGGCCAAGUAUGAGGAGUUCUGGCAAUGUCACGCCUAUGCGGCGGGUGGCUAUGAUAAGCGCAGCGAUUUUGUUGCCUUGAACGAACAAUUAGAGCGUUUGGAGAGCCAUUCCAAUUGUAAUCGCAUAUUCUACUUGGCUUUGCCGCCAUCCGUCUUCGAGCAAGUGACUGUGAAUAUUAAGGAAAUUUGUCUAUCACAACGCGGCUGGAAUCGCGUUAUUAUCGAAAAGCCCUUCGGUCGCGACGACGUCACAUCAAAGAAGCUGAGCGAUCACCUCGCCUCGCUCUUCCACGAAGAACAACUCUAUCGCAUUGAUCAUUAUUUGGGUAAAGAGAUGGUGCAGAACCUCAUGACUAUACGUUUCGCUAAUAAAAUACUUAACUCAACAUGGAAUCGCGAGAAUAUUGCAUCGGUGCUCAUCACAUUCAAGGAACCAUUCGGCACACAGGGACGUGGCGGUUAUUUCGAUGAAUUCGGCAUCAUACGCGACGUCAUGCAAAACCAUCUGCUGCAGAUAUUGUCGCUAGUCGCCAUGGAGAAGCCAACUUCCUGCCAACCCGAUGACAUACGCGAUGAAAAAGUUAAGGUACUGAAAAGCAUUCCAGCACUUACAUUGGACGACAUGGUUUUGGGACAAUAUGUCGGCAAUCCAGAGGGUGAAGGUGAAGCGCGCGAAGGUUAUCUUGAUGAUCCCACCGUUUCCAAUGAUUCCAAUACGCCCACCUUUGCACAGGGUGUCCUACAUAUCAACAAUGAACGUUGGGAGGGUGUACCAUUCAUUUUACGUUGCGGCAAAGCGCUGAACGAACGCAAAGCUGUAGUGCGCAUACAAUAUCGCGAUGUGCCCGGUGAUAUCUUUGAGGGUAACAGCAAACGCAAUGAAUUGGUCAUACGUGUGCAGCCCGGCGAAGCUCUGUACUUCAAAAUGAUGACCAAGAGCCCUGGCAUUACAUUCGAUAUGGAGGAGACUGAACUGGAUCUCACCUAUGAGCAUCGCUAUAAGGACUCCUAUCUGCCGGAUGCGUAUGAACGGUUGAUUUUGGAUGUAUUCUGCGGCUCGCAAAUGCAUUUCGUGCGUUCAGAUGAGUUGCACGAGGCAUGGCGUAUUUUCACGCCAGUGCUGCACGAGAUCGAAAAUACUAAAGUGAAACCCAUACCUUAUGUGUUUGGCACUCGAGGCCCCAAGGAGGCUGAUAAAAAAACGGCGGAGAACAACUUCAAAUACUACGGGUCUUACAAGUGGCAUGGAAAGAAGUAGAGGAGAUAUAAUUGAGUCAAUAACAAUACAAAUACAUAAAAAAGACAAACAAAACACUGAAGCAAUUGUUUAAAGUAAUUAAAAAUGGUUGUGUAAGAGUAGUUAUACAUAUGUACAGUUAGAAAACAUAUAUGUGUGCAUACUCGUAGCUUGUAAAUGAUGAUGGAUGGAUUGUGCGAUAAAAACACUGACUUUUGUACAUGUUCAGUGCAAAUACGAUAUAUUUUAUAAUAUAUAACUUAAGUAUAUGGAGCAAUGGAUCUAUAAAUAAGUUUUUAAGUAAAUUUUUGAAAAAACAGAA